CUUGUUACUUAUUUUUUCCCCAAUAAACCUUGGGGGAGGGAUCCGUGACUGCUGUCGCACAACUACGGGAGACUACAGCCUGCACUUUCCGACUUGUACUGUUUGAGUUUGGCAUAGCAGCGGAGGGUCUACACGAGGAUACUCAAAAAUAGACUUCAAAGGCGAUUAUGUAUGACGGAGGGGCUCUGUGGGACUGGUAAAGAUGAGGAUUCCUCCGGUGUGGGCGCUGGGCGCUUGCCAAACUGGAUGAAGUGAGAACUGAGAGGGAAACCCGCUGAGACAAAACACCAACUGGGACUGCUGAGGAGGACCUCUGUGUAGGUUCACACGGUUGUCUGCAGGGUGGAGCUUCCUGACCCAUGGAGAAUUACUUCCAGACCGAGGCCUUCAACCUGGACAAGGUGCUUGACGAGUUUGAGCAGAACGAAGAUGAGACAGACAAUCCCAUUCUCUCAGAUGCCAAGUGGACCCAGAUCCUGGCCCCGCCAGCCCACCUGCUCUCUCUGAACCCAGCCCUGGCCCACGCAGACUUCAGUCCUCAGGAGAGUCCACUGCCAUUCAAAACCCUCCCAGACUCCUCCUCCAGUGCCUCCCCGGGGGCCGACCCUAAAAGCCAUCCCUGUCCCGAAACUCCAUCUUGGUUAGAGGAGCGGCUGGCAGACAUCCACAGCCCACCCCUCCCCCAGCCCAACAUAGGCAAACUGGUGGGCACAGACGACCUGUCGCCGCCCCCUGUGACGGCCUGUACUGCUGUGGAGAAUGGCUGCCUUUCCAACCCUGCAAGCCCACAACUGGAUGGCCUCAGCAAGGAGAUAAAUUCUUCUCCAGACAACCAGCCUGGUGCUUCUGACCAGGAGGCUAAUCCUCAUCAGGCUGAGAAAUUUGCAUCAGCAGGAGGAGGAAGCUCCACUGUCGGUUCCACUCACUUUACCUUUGAGGUUGGAUUAGGAGAUGAAGAAAAAACUUUGGAACCAACAACACAAAAUGGAGAAGGUGUCAAAGAGGGGGCUAGUACAGCUGUUUUACAGGACAAUGGUCAAGAAAAACAAACUCCACUCGUAAAAGAAGCCCAGGUAGAAAGUCUCUUGAAUAGGGGCAGAUACGUUCAUGUUGGUUGUGAAGUGGAUGAGAAUAGUGUAUCUCCUCCUGAUUGGGUUGGAGUGGAGGAGAAGGAGAUGAGAUGUGGUCCAGAGGGACAGAUAGACCAACUCCUCAGAAUAAUAACCCUUCCCAAUGGUUUGGAGCAGGAGAACAGUAACCAUUCUAAAGUCAAAGAGACCCAGGAGGAGGAGCGGGAGGAGGAGGAGGGCUUUUCUCCUUCUCCUGUCCCCUCCAAAGAGGACUCUGUCACUGAGGAGAAAGAAAUGGAGGAAAGCAAGCAAGAGAGCAGUGAUGGAGGAGCAGUGGGGUCAGGUAGCAUCCAACCAAAACUCAACAACAAACGGCUGCAGCCAGUCAGUGUUCCCUACGGAGGGGCACGACCAAAGCAGCCGGUCAGCCUCAAGCUCCAAAUCCCACAGCCCCUGUCAGGCCAGGUACAAAAUCAGCUCGGCCCGUCCGCCAUCAGCAGGAACAAAAACCAGGAGAACCAUUGUCGGAGAGGCACGCCCUCUGAAACUACACCAAGUGGGACUGAUCAGAGUGCAGUCGGGGUGAACGGAGAUGGUAUUGUCCAUUCUCUUCCCCUGGUGCCUUCAGAGAGCCCAGACAAUGACCUCCAGGCUGGCCAACUGGGCACUCUGUGCAGGAAACCUGCCAGCUCCCUGGGAGAGGUUGCCCCUGUGUGGGUGCCUGACUCCCAGGCUCCUGUGUGUAUGAAAUGUGAUGUCAAGUUCACCUUCACCAAGCGGAGGCACCACUGCAGGGCCUGUGGCAAGGUGUUCUGUGCGACGUGCUGCAGCCUGAAGUGCAGGCUCGUGUACAUGGACAGGAAGGAGGCUCGCGUCUGUGUCACCUGUCAUUCUGCUCUGAUGAGUGCUCAAUCAUGGGAGACAACGGCCACUGGAAGCAACCAGAGUCCAAACCCCAACAACCCAGCGGAGUACUGCUCCACCAUCCCCCCUCUGCAGCAGGCCCAGGCCUCUGGGGUGCUCAGCUCCCCUCCUCCUACUGUCAUGGUGCCCGUGGGAGUCCUGAAACAGACUGGCAAUGAGGGCUCUCUGACACGGGAGCAGAGGAGGGUUUGGUUUUCUGAUGGGUUGCUACCUAACGGAGACACGUCAGAGUCCCCCAAACCUCCAACUUCCAGCCCAGCCCCCUCCCAGUCCUUGGCUAUCUCAGUGUAUUCAAACAAAUCCUCCACUUCUGAAUCCUCAGAGGCAGCCCAUACCCCUGUCGCCCCGGUGGGCAGCCCCGUGGGUAGCUCCCUCAGCCUAAUCCCGGAGGACGGGCUCCCUCCCAUCCUCAUCUCCACCGGAGUCAAAGGAGGUACGGGAGGCCACAUCACAGACUAUGCAGUGGAGGAGAGGCCGUCAGAGAUCGUCCUCAUGCAGCAGCUGGAGGAGGGAGGCCCAGACCCCCUGGUCUUCGUGCUCAAUGCUAAUCUGCUCGCCAUGGUCAAGCUAGUCAACUACGUAAACAGGAAGUGUUGGUACUUGACAACAAAGGGAAUGCAUGCUGUUGGCCAGGCAGAGGUGGUCAUUCUGCUCCAGUGUCUACCUGAUGAGAAGACAAUCCCGAAAGACAUCUUUACUCACUUUGUGCAGCUCUACCAGGAGGCCCUCAGUGGCAACGUGCUGAGCCACCUGAGUCACUCAUUCUUCAUGCAGAGCUUCCUGGGCAGUAAGGAGCACGGCGGCUUCCUCUACAUUAGCCCCUCCUUCCAAUCGCUGCAGGACCUGCUGCUGCCAAACCCUCCCUACCUCUUCGGCAUCCUGAUACAGAAGUGGGAAACGCCCUGGGCCAAGGUCUUCCCCAUCCGCCUCAUGUUGCGGCUGGGCGCAGAGUACCGAUUUUAUCCGUGUCCGCUGUUCAGUGUUCGCUUUAGAAAACCGCUCUUUGGAGAGACGGGUCACACUAUCAUGAAUCUGCUCGCAGACUUCCGGAACUACCAGUACACGCUACCGGUGGUAAAAGGACUGGUUGUGGACAUGGAGGUGAGAAAGACGAGCAUCAAGAUCCCCAGUAAUCGUUACAAUGAGCUAAUGAAGGCCAUGAACAAGUCCAACGAACACGUGCUGGCCAUGGGGGCGUGUUUCAACGACCGGGCCGACUCCCACCUGGUGUGUGUCCAGAACGAUGAUGGGAACUACCAGACGCAGGCCAUCAGCAUCCAUCACCAGCCUCGCAAAGUUACUGGAGCCUGCUUCUUUGUGUUCAGUGGUGCUUUGAAAGCCUCGUCGGGCUUCUUAGCCAAGACCAGCAUUGUGGAAGACGGUGUGAUGAUCCAGAUCACAGCUGAGACCAUGGACUGUCUACGCCAAGCCCUGAGGGACAUGAAGGACUUCAGCAUCACGUGCGGUAAAGCGGGCCAGGAGGAGAACCAGGAGCUCGUCCACAUCCAAUGGACGGAGGACGACCACAACUUCAAUAAGGGUGUCAUCAGUCCGAUCGAUGGGAGGUCUAUGGAGUCCAUCACCAGCGUCAAGAUCUUUCAAGGCUCGGAGUUUAAAGCCAACGGCAAAGUCAUCCGCUGGACAGAGGUGUUUUUCCUCCAGAGUGAAGAUCAACCCAACGGCCUGAGCGACCCGGCCGACCACAGCCGGCUGACGGAGAACGUGGCGAGAGCUUUCUGCAUGGCGCUUUGUCCGCACCUGAAGCUGCUGAAGGAGGACGGCAUGGCCAAACUGGGACUAAGGGUUACACUGGACUCCGACCAGGUGGGUUACCUGGCAGGAAGUAACGGCCAGCCUCUCCUGCCUCAGUACCUGAGCGACCUGGACAGCGCUCUGAUCCCCGUCAUCCACAGCGGGGCGUGUCAGCUGAGCGAGGGCCCGGUGGUCAUGGAGCUGGUCUUCUACAUCCUGGAGAUCAUCUCCUAGGAGUCUUCGGAGCUUCACCUCGAAAACGUCUUUUACUUUCUGACGCCAUCUCACGGCCCGGUCCUCCCAUCGUCUCCCUUCGACCGUUUGCACUUCAAAAGAGCCCUAAAACUGUGGCUUUCCCGGCGGGGUAGCAGUCCUUAAGUCAAACCUAUGCAUCCAACCGCCAUCUGUUGCUCCAGAGCCAGCCGGGGCCUGAGGAAGAGCCGCGCAGGAUCAUCUGUCUGUGUGCUGUGUACCUGAAGCUCACCCGACAGCCACCCCUGAUCUCUGGUGGUCACCCGAGGUGCUCCGAGCAGGAAAUGAACACCAGAUAUCAUACUGUCUGACCCCAGUGUAGUGUUACAGUGCCUAUAAACAGUCACGCACGCCCCCCCCCCCCCCCCCCCCCCCCCCACGGAAAGUUCUUAUGGUUUUAACAACAUGAGGUAGAUCGAUUGGAUACCCUCUCUACUGAUCUCUAGUCAAUGAAUUUAUUAUAAAUAUAAAACACAAAAUACAUGUUUGUAUUUACCCUUUUAAUUGGGCAGACCUAAACCGUCACACACCACAGUGAGCCCUAAAUAUAUACAGCAGUAUGUAUCCAUUAUGUAAAGCAUCGCCGCUCUGCUACAGGUCUGCACUGCACUGAGUUUUCAUGCUACUGAAAGGUGUUUGGAUUGUUACACUCUUACUACACACUGAACUAAAUGGCCCUUGUAAUAGUUUAAUUCCACUUUCUGAGGAAAGGAAGUGGAGUGGCUUCCUGUGGUUGCUCAGUCAGCUAUUUGAAAGAUUCAUAGCAAAUAAGUCCUACUUAUAUUGUAAAACAAUAAAACUUCCAGGGAGGGUAAAUACUUUCCAUAGGUAUUGUUUGUAGCUCAGGCGUCAUUCCACUGUCCCUGUGGCGGCCGUGGUCCUGGAGCACUCUGUAGUCUGUGUAGCACGGGCGCUCUUAAACAAGGGAGACUCCUAUCCAUCGCUGAGAAGUCCAAACUAUUCCUCUGAAGUUACGUUAAGAAAGGACAUCUUCAAAUCAUUAGAUGAGGAGCUGGAGGCUGUCUGUGUGGUGAUUUAGUUUGUUGUUUUUGUACCAUGGUGCUCAGUGCCUGUAGCAGCAAUUCAUCAAAAAAACAUUUAGUUUCACUUCUUUAAGCUUUACUCAUCGAUCACCAGAUGCUUUACUUCAUGGAUAAAUCCAUUAACCUGUUGUGCAUAUUUGUCGUAGGUGUACCAGCUUCUCCAUUCUAACUGUGCAUCUGUAGCCUCCAGAGAUCCCAGACAAAGACAGUAUUACUGAAGUCACGGACUCCUCUGACUGACGCUCUGUGAAAUCAGAAAACAUAAAGCCCUUUUUGUCCUACAGUAGAAAGCUAAUUUAAAAA